AUGCACACUCCAAGGUUGCAAAAUGAAUUUGCCGAUGCUCUUGCCACUAUCUCCACUAUGAUCAAGCAUCCAGAUCAGAAUUACAUCGAUCCUUUGGAGAUAGAUUUAAAGGAACAACCCGCUCAUUGUUCGCAUGUCGAAGCGGAACCAGACGAAAAGCCUUGGUAUUAUGAUAUAAAGAAGUACCCGGAGACUGGAAUUUAUUCAGAAGAUGCAACAUCCAAUCAAAAGAAGGCAAUACGUCGAUUGGCUAACAAUUUCUUUCCAAGUGGGGAAAUCCUUUAUAGGAGGACUCCAGAUUUGGGACUUCUCAAGUGCGUAGAUUCCAUGGAAGCUACAAGACUUCUUGAUGAGGUACAUGCUGGAGUCUGUGGACCUCAUAUGAACGGGCUACUUUGGCAAAAAAGAUCAUUCGAGCUGGUUAUUUUUGGAUGA